AUGUUCAAAAAUACAUUCCAAAGUGGCUUUUUGUCUAUACUUUACAGUUUAGGCAGUAAGCCCUUACAACUUUGGAAUAAGAGUGUACAAAAUGGUCAUAUUAAACGUAUUACAGACAAUGAUAUUCAAUCAUUGGUGUUGGACAUUGUAGGUUCAAACAUCAGUAAGACUUAUAUUACGUGUCCAGCAGAAAAAGCCAAAACUUUGGGUAUCAAAUUACCAUAUAUGAUUUUGAUCGUAAAAAAUAUGAAAAAAUAUUUUUCUUUUGAAGUACAGGUAAGAUUAAAAAAAAAAUCUGGGUUGAAUUUUGCCUCUUGAGUUCUUAAAAAAAUUUCAAAAUAUCGAAAAACCACCGCUAUAUUUUCUAUUCACUUUCCUUAUCAAAUUUACGUAAUGCAGUCAGAAUACCCAUUUUCUAAUUUCCCGCAAUAAUAUGCGAGAUUUCCUUUAACAUUACAUAAAAUAAUUUAGAAUAUUAAAUUAAAAUAAAGAUGCCUCCUAAUACAUCAUGUAAUAAAUUAUGUAAAGUUGUUUUCUUUGUUACAUAUUAUAAAACUAUUACAUAAAAUUGUAAAUAAAUAACGAUCGUACUGCUGCAGAACCAUACAGUACAGCGAAAAGCGGUCGGAAAAUUAAAAAAUCGAAAUUUUAACUACUUAAUGCUAUUUAAGCUGGCUAUACAAAUCAUUGAAUUAUUUAUGGUUUUUUGAUAUUUUGAAAUUUUGACCCCGCUGUAUUGAUAAUGAAAUCAUAUUGCGGUGGCCAUAAGACGUGUGUAAACAAUAUCUGGGAAAGGAAAUUUCGUAUAUUAUCGAAAGAAAAUGGAUAUUCUGACUGCAUAACGUAAAUCGAGUGAGUAAGGGGAAGAGAUAAUAUGGUACUGGUUUUUCAAUAUUUUUUUUUUUUUUUUUUGAACCCAAGACUUCAACCAAAAUCUGGUUUAAUAACUAUUUUAUAAUAAAAUUUCCAUUUUAUACUUCUGUAGAUUCUCGAUAAUAAAAACAUAAGACGAAGGUUUCGAGUCAGUAACUAUCAAUCAAUGACAAGGGUGAAGCCAUAUAUUUGUACAAUGCCAAUGCGACUAGAUGAAGGUUGGAAUCGGAUAGAGUUUGAUCUAGCAGAAUUUACUAGACGUGCUUAUUCCACUGGUUAUGUUGAAACAUUAAGAGUGCAAUUGCAUGCCAACUGUAGAGUCAGAAGAAUUUAUUUUAGUGAUAAAUUGUAUUCUGAAGAUGAAUUGCCUAUAGAAUUUAAACUCUUUUCAUCCAUUCAAAGUAAAGUAAGUCAACAAUUUUAGUAUAAUAUACAGUGGAAUCAGUAGCAGACAAAUUACUUUGUCAUGAAGGGGGUUCAGGAUGAACUAUUAUUAUUUAUGUAAUCCUUUUUUAUAACUAUGAAGAUAUAAUAUAAUGUACGGUGUUUUUUAAGAAUGUUCACCCCAUUUGUAUGGUUGAAUUAUGCACAAUUUCAAAUUCUGAUUUUUGGAAUUUUUAAGUGCAGUGAAGGACGAUAUUUUUGUUUACUUACAUUUUUCACAAUAUUAAAUGUUAUGGAUAAUUUUAAAGAGUAUCCUAUAAUGAUAACAAUAUUAUUUUUUUAAAUGAGAACCUCUAUGUUUUAAUGCAAAUUAAUGUUUUUUUUGAAAAUGUUGACGUAUUAUAAUCGUAAUUUGAAGGUUAGGUUUCUGAGUUAUUCUGCUUUAAGUACUAAGAAUAAUAGUAUUUUUUGGAUUGGAUACCAACUGUAUUUUAUGUAUAGAUUAUUUCUUGUUUUAAAUUUUGCAAUUAUUUAUCUUUAGUAUUUAAAGUAGAAUAACAUUUUUUGUCCAAAUUUUCAUUAAAAUACAUAGAUAUUUUGAAAUAAAUCAUCUGAUUGACAAUUUGCAUUAUAAUAUGUAAGUUCUUAUUAGAAAAACUUAAGUUUGUACUGUCACAGGAUACUCCUUAAGCGUUGUGAAAAAUAUAAGUAUUCAAAAAUUACACAUUAACUACACAUAAAAAUUCCAAAUAGCAUAAUUUGAAUUUGUGCAUAAAAUAUUAAACAUAUUAAACAUAAAAAUGGGGUGAGCACUGAGCAUGCUUGAAAAUUAUUCUGUAUAUUAGUAUAAAAAUGUAAGACUUAUAUAUCUUACUCAUACUACAUUCCUCAUUUUUACUACAGCUGAGUGAAAAUUUGAUAAGUCAAAAUAAAUGUUUUUUUGUGAAAAUCUCAAUACUUGAAAGAAAAAUGAUUGAUGACUUAUUACAUUCAGUAUUGUUUAUUAACACUGAUGAAAAAAUAGUUUUUAUUAGUUAAUUUGGUUGUCAUAGGUAUGAAAGUACCAUUUUAAAAUAAUAAAUUACUUGAUAACAAUGUUUAUAAGAGUUAAAACUAUAAUAAAAACAGAGGUGAAAAUGGUAAAACACUGUUUUUAUAUUUUUCAAUAAUGUGCAGAACAGCUUGUACUAUUUAAUUAUGAUUUUGAGACAUAUAUACCAAACUAAUUAGGUCUAAAAUUUUAAAAGCACAAAUAGUUCUUUAUUUUGAGGAUUGCCUUAUAGGAAAAACUUAAAAUAUGCUUCAUUCUGCACUUAUAAUAGUUCAGCAAUGUACAUAACUAGAAUAAAAAGUAAAACUCAAAAUACUACAAGGUAAAUUCAAUUUUAUGACAUAAUAUCCAUCUAUGAAUCAAAAAAUAAAAUGUUUGUAUGAUUCAUGGAAUUUAUUUUAAUUAUAGAAUUUUUCAACUGUACAUAAAAAAAAAGUAUGAUUUAACUUGAUUGAAUUCUUAGGUAUCCACAAUUCUUCCCAGAAAUCUAGCAUUUGCUUCUCAAAUCUUUGCAAUGGUAUUGAACAUAUUUAAUAUACUAUUGGUGGUAAUUUGAGAAUACAUUUUUUGAUAAGGCUUUGGCCUCAUUGUUGGUUAAAUACCAAAUUUAUGUUUUAAAACACCUGUAAGAAUUGACUUCAGUAACACUGACCAAUAAAAGUAUUUAUAUUACUCAUAAGUAUUAUACUUAUUUAUAAGACUCAUUAAAUGAAAUAUAAUUAUUAUUUUAUGAAAGAUUAUCUAUCAAGGUUAUUUUACAGGCAUUCUUCAAAAAUUAACAUAUUCUGUAACAAUACUGAAUCUUUUAUUAUGUUAGAAGAAAUACAAACUAUAAUGAUUACUAUUUACUAUACUAAUUGUAACUGACAAUUGUAAACCACAAUAUACAGUGAUGCCACUUAUUGGACUCAAUUCAAAUGGGAUCAAACCUUAUGAGUCUAUUUACCAAAUUACUCAAUGGAACAAAAAGCCUUCAAAAAAAAAAAAAAAAAAUUGUAUAAUUUAAAUAUUAUGUAAGUACCUGGUAAAAUUGGGUGUUAUAGAAUUAUGAAAUAUUACUAUUAUAUAUAUAUAAUUAUUAAAUAAUAUAAAAACCCUAUGGCAUUCCCUCCACAAUAUUAUUCUCUAUAAAUUUCAUAAUAGGUACUUUUAACUCUAAAAUCAAAACUAAAAUAGUUUUACUUAUUCUGCAUAAGCAUUGUUUUUACAUGUUACCUGGUAGUUGGACUGAAAUAAUAGAUGCAGGUAUAAUGUCCCUCAUAAGUACCCGUUGUGUGCUAAAAAAAAUGUACACAAACAACAUGACAGAUUUUUCAAUUGUAUAUAAGCAUAACAUUUUUAUAUCCACUUUUCAUAAUUUGUUUUCAAGAUAACAAAAUACAAAUACCACUAAAGUUUGUUCUGUUUUUGUUAUUUAUCUGUGUGUCAGUAUACAUGCAAAUCAGAACUGGCCUGUUUGAGUCCAAUCAAAUGGCAACUACUGUGUUUUAAGAGAGUGUGGUCACAACUCGGCACAACCCACUACUGUAUACUAAAAUUAGAAUACCUAAUACAUAAUUACAUAAUAUACUUUAUUUAAAUACAUUCAUUUGAAAUUAUUCAUUGUUUAGUUUCUUAUUUUCAGAAAACAUGAUAUACAAAAAUAAAACGUAAUAAUGUGCUCUUAGUAGCCUAAAAACUAAUAUAAUAAUUUAAUUUUCAAGGAUUUCUUUGAUAGUUUCACUCUGUUUUUUAUAUUUUUCAUUGAUCUGAUCAUUUUCUUCACAUUCUUUUAUUUUCAGAGAUGAACUGCUUUCAUUCUUACCUUAACAAAUAAUUUAAAUUAAAUCAAAUUACCUGUUCUUAAAACAUUAAUUGGAUACAAAAACAAUGUUUUCAACUACUUUAGCCCUAUAUGUAUAUCUAAAAAAUUUAUAAUUUAAAUAGAUUCAUGUGUAGUACUACAUUUUUAUAUUGAUUGAUUUGGUAUAGUUAGGGACUGGAAUUAUAUAAAUUACUAAACAUAAAAAUUUACAAAAUUAAAUGACAGUAUUGCACAAAAACAUUCAAAAUAUUUCACAUUUGUGCAUUCAAAAAAUACUUAAAUUUAUUAUUAUUAUCUAGUUAAUUAUAUUUCUAGCUGACAUAUAAUCAAAAUAACUAAUAAUAGUGAAUAGAUAUUUGAUCCAUUAACUGUGGUAAUACUUGUGUAAUUAUUUACCUGCUAAUUAAAAACAGCUUAGGUGUUAACUGUCUUGUAAACAUAUCAAAAUAUAGCUACUUAAGCUACUUAGAAAAAAAAAAGAUUUUUCAUAAAUACAAAUAUAAUAUUAUAAUUUACUUAUAAUAAUUUUAGAUUUAUUAAUGAAAAAAAAUAAUAUAAAAUUGGUUUCAUUUGAUACGCUAAAAUAGUUUAUGCAUACUCAGUAAGAACAUGCAAAUACAUAUACAUUGAGUGUAAAAAGUAUUCCUACACCCUACAUUUUUAAAUAAAUGUACAUUUUUUUUCAUAAUAUUCUAUUUUUAUCGAUAAAUUAAUACAUGCAUAUUAUUCAUUGACCAUUUUUAAUUAUAUUAAAAAAAAAAACCAUGUUAAAUGUUAUAAUUCAAAAUCAUAAAAGAAUAAUACGCAUGUAUUAAUUCAUCGCGAAAAAUAAAGUAUGAAGAAAAAUGAAUAUUUAUUUAAAAAUGUAGGGUGUACAAAUACUUUUUACACUCACUGUAACUCCACUAUCUAGGUCUUAAAUACUACCAUUAAAAUAAAAUAAUUUAUCUUUUGAAAUAAUGAAAUGUAUCAUUGGCAUAAAUUACAUCAUAACAAAUGUUUUUUUUUUUUUAAUAAUACAUAUAUAGAUGAUUUAUAUUUAAAAUAUCAUUAAUAUAUUAUUAUAAAAGUUACCAUUUUCACUUUCUGCUGUUCUUUUUUCAGGUAGACCACACACAGAAUGAAGAUUGAAUUUGAAAAAGUGACCAUAAUCCUGGACUACAGACAAACAGCAUAUAGAUUUUAACACUUCAACAAUAAUAGUUAUUUUAGCUUCACCAGAUAAAUCCACUGUAUGUUGUCCCAAACUAACCACUUUACUAACCAACUCUACAAUUAACUUAGCACGUGACACUGAAUUGUUAUAUCUGUGACUAAAAUGUACACCAUUAAAUAUUUUAUAUGA